UUUUGGGUUUAAAAUUAAUUAAUGUAACAUAAUUUAACAUUUUCAUUAAGCAUAGUUGUUUAUACCUAAUUUGUAAAUUAUUAAUACAUGUAAACUGAUCGUUAAUGGGUAUGUUAUUAAUAUUUUGUAAUAUUUAACUUGUAAAAUUUGUUGAUAUUUUUUUGCCCAUAAAUAUAAAUAAAAAUAAUAUUUAAUUACUUGAUUAAGAUGGUUAAAAGAAAUCUUGAUUCCAAAAACACCAUACACAUGGCCUCAAAUGAUUCAGUACAGAGCCCUGAAUCAUCCAAGCUCAACCAUGUUUCAAAAAUCCGGAAAUUGUCUAAUAAUACAAGUAUUCAAAAGUUGUAUACGAGUCCAAAAGUUACAACAAAUAAUAAAACACCAGAAUUAUUAAACAAACGUGCUAAAAUGGAUGUUUCCAUCUCCAGAAAAUCGACAUCAGACACCGAAAGUAACAUGAGCUUUGAACCCUUUAGUAAAAACACAAAUUUUGCUUUCGAAAAUGAUAUAUUAAAGGAUUUAAUUGAAUUGAGUAACCCAUCUAAUACAUCAAAUCAACGCAACGGAGUGGAUCAAACUUCACAACUAGAACACAACCCAAUCACAGAUUCCCAGAUAAUCAGGAUAAUAGACAAUAAUAAUGAAUACGAUACCCAAAAAUUGGCUGAAAAUGAUAACUAUUCACAAAUAACUAGACCAGUUGAUAACGAAGCCCCUAAAGAGCAAUACGAAAGUUACUUUGCCAACCCUGAACUUGAAUCAAUUAUUAAUUCACAAAUUUUUGAAGACAACUUUAGGGAAAAGCUGACACCUUCAAGAAAAGCAAACUAUGUACACACACUCCUUUCAGGAAGAACAAGCCUUGAUGACUCUAUUAAUAUUUUAAAUAAAUUAAGUCAAAGUGAAGUUAAUACACAACUUUCCCCAGUUAACUCCCCAAUUAAUUCUCAAAAUUCAGUAGAGGAUAACCACGACAAAUAUUACGAAGUUGAGUCUAUCAAUGAAGGAUUAGAUAACGAUUAUACACACAUUGAUACUACCUUGUUAGAUACUACCACCACAGUUACUACUAAUGAAAUUGAUCAAAAUGAUGAAACCACAGAUGAUAAUGUUACUCCCUACAGAGAAAUAGUCAGUGAUAACUCAGAAGUUGGAAAAGAAGUUGAAAGUGUAGAGAGCGUAAAAUUUGAGGAGGCAAGAGAUGAAGAAUAUUCUGAGGUGGAUAGCGGUUUGGUGGAGUUCAAGGAUGAAUUUGAUAUGGAGGAACUAAUUUCAAGGUAUAAAACGCUGUAUAAUAACAGUUUUUUUAACUGUAGUAAGACUGGAACAGGGAAAUUGAGAGUAGUAGUGAGAUGUAGACCAAGUACCUGUAAGAACAAGGCUAUAGAAUGCGAAAAAUCAUGUGUAAAGCUAUUUAAGCCUGGAAAUAAGAAUAGUGUACUAAAGUCUCAAAGGCCUGGAGUAUUUGAAUUCAACUUCGACCACAUUGUCCAGGAAGACGAUUCAACAGAAACACUUUACACAAAUAGUUGUCUAGAUCUGAUUGAAAAGCUCUUUUCAGGAAUCAGUGUUACGAUCUUCGCAUAUGGGAGUACAGGGUCAGGAAAAACGUACACAAUUGCAGGAACAGAAGGUAGUGUAGGUUUGUUGCAACUGAUUAUUACUGAUUUGUUCAACUCUAGCCAAGUAAGUGAACAGGACCUGUAUCUGUCAUACUUUGAAGUGUAUAAUGAGAAUGUGUAUGACCUACUCCAGGAAAAUGAGGUGAAUUUGCAAUUACAAGAAAACGAUAGCAAAGUGUUUGUGAAGGGAUUAACAAAGGUUAAGAUUUCUAACUACGAAGAUUUUAAACGUCUUUUCGAAAUCGGUGAUAAGAAUCGCAAGGUUUUUUCAACAAACGCAAACAGAUCCUCAAGUCGUUCUCACGCAAUACUUCAGAUACAAACUUCUUUAAACACCAAGUUGACCAUCAUUGAUCUGGCAGGAUCAGAGAGGAUGAAAAUAACAGAUAAUGCUGGCGAUAGACUGAAGGAGUCAUCAUAUAUUAAUCAGUCACUUUUAGCACUUAUAAACUGCAUAAAUACAUUAGCAAAGAAGUCAAGCAGCAUGAGUGGAUCUGGUGGAACUGGGGAAAGAGUCAAGUACAGAGAUAGUAAGCUGACACACCUGCUGAAAAACUCACUAACAAAUAACUGUUUUAUACUCAUGAUAGCACAUGUUAACCCGGAAAAUAAGUUCUACCAGGAUUCCUAUAACACCAUUAAGUAUGCACUGAGGGCAAAAGACGUUGAAAUCUCACAUGUUAUAACAAAUUCUAAAAGUGGUAAGGAAGUCAUAAAGAAGUUUUCUAGAGAAUUGUUGUUUUUGAUCAAUUUGAUGAAAAGUAACAUUAGUGAGAACAAAUUGGAAUUGAUAAGGAAACACAUUUCACAAACCCAUCUAGUAGGGCGACCGUUGCUCGUUGAUCUUCUUAGUUAA